AUGCUCUCCCUCUCCGGUCGGCACUGCAUCAUAACCGGCGGCAGUCGGGGCAUCGGCCUAGCCAUUGCGCACCGCUUUGCCUCAGAAGGCGCGUCCAUCACGCUGGUCGGCAGGGACCAAACGACAUUAGACAAUGCUGUCAAGGAACUCCCAAUCCCCUUACAUCAGGGGACGCCGCCCAACCACGGCGCCUGCGCAUUUAAUGUCAAAGACAGCAGUCGCUGGAGCGACAUGGUAACGUUCAUGAGAGACGCAGAGCGAAAAGUAGAUGUGCUUGUCAACGCAGCGGGCAUCUCCCAGAACUCAUUCAUGUUCAAAACCAGCUUGCAUCAAGCCAAGGAGAUUGUGGACGUAAACCUCAUGGGGACUAUGUAUGGCUGCCAACUGCUUCUUCCCACCAUGAUGCGGCAGAAGAGUGGUAAGGUGAACCGAAUGUUUGACUCUUUCAUAACUAAUAACAAAGCGACGCCAGGUUGCAUAAUCAACAUUUCAAGUCUACUGGCCACACACGCAGGACGAGGUGCAGCCGCAUAUGCCGCAUCCAAGGCCGGUGUAGUCAGUCUAACGCGAGCUCUAGCCUGGGAGGCUGGCAGAUUCGGUAUUCGGGCCAACGUCAUCUUACCCGGUUAUAUCGAGACUGACAUGACAAAGUCUAUGAGCGAUGACGACCUCAAAGCCCUUAUUCCCAUGGGUCGCUUAGGCAAGGUUGCUGAGGUGGCCGAUGCCGCUGCCUUCCUCGCCAAGAAUCCAUACGCACACAACACCGUCCUAAACCUAGACGGAGGAUUGAGCGCAACGUAA